GCGACCCCACAGAGCCGCCAUAGCCGCCCGCCUCCCCCGACUCCGCGUCGCCGCCAUGGCCGACGUGGAAGACGGCGAGGAACCCUGCGCCCUGUCCUCUCACUCCGGGAGCGCAGGCUCCAAGUCGGGAGGCGACAAAAUGUUCUCUCUCAAAAAGUGGAAUGCGGUGGCUAUGUGGAGCUGGGACGUGGAGUGCGAUACGUGCGCCAUCUGCAGGGUCCAGGUGAUGGAUGCCUGUCUUAGAUGUCAAGCUGAAAACAAACAAGAGGAUUGUGUUGUGGUCUGGGGAGAAUGUAAUCAUUCCUUUCACAACUGCUGCAUGUCCCUGUGGGUGAAACAGAACAAUCGCUGCCCUCUCUGCCAGCAAGAUUGGGUGGUCCAAAGAAUCGGCAAAUGAGAGUGGUGGAAGGCUUUCUUAGUGCAUUUGUUUGGAGCCCUGGUGGAUCUUGUUAUCAAGUGCCCUACAAAGGCCAGAACUCUCCAGGGAACUAAUUCUUCAAAUAAGAGGAGGUGCCUCUGUGGUCUUUUGGUACUCAUCAGAGGCAUGGUUUAGCAUUUUGUUAGUUUUAUUUUCAGAAAUUCUCUACAAUUAAGAAGAUAAUUUAUUAAAGAUGGUCUUUCCUACCUCUGUGGUAUGUGUCACACACACUGCUUAGAAGUGCUUUAAAGGAGGAGAGAGCUACAAAUUGAAUGACUUUAUAAUUUACUUAUUGGUAUCCAAGGGACUGUGGAAGCAGUUCCAUUCAGAAGAGAACUUGUUGCAUGCUUAUAGUUGAUCAGUUAAAAAAAAAAAAAGUGUUAUAGUAACAAAUAAAGUGCAGUUUAAAACCCAACUCUUAUCCUCAUUUUGUUCCUGAUAUUUAUUUUUGGCUGGGAGGAGGUGAUUCAUGAAAUCUUUACUUGAUAUAAUGAAAAUUUUAAAUUUGGACCAGUGAACAGGGUAAAUAAAUUUAACCUUUGGGCAUAUGGAAUUUCGAUUGUCUUUUAGGCUAUCAUCCUCUGUCUUUGGCUCAUCAAGAAUACCUAAAUCUACACUCACCUCACUGUUCAAUCAUUGAGCGGUAAAGAACAGAAGUAUUUUUAAGUUCUGGUCAGAUUAUGUAGUAAUUAAACUGUGUUUUAGGUGGAGUGUUAAUGAGGGGAAAAUGUUUACCACUGUAGCAUUGGAUCAAAAAGUUUAUUUUAUUACACGAUGUUUUAAUAAAUGGUUUAUUCUGUUUACUUCA